GGCAACUUCUCCUCCUGCCGCUGGGAGCAGCCCGCCUGCCUCCCCGUGCGCCCGCAGCCUCCCCCGCUGCCUCCCUGAGGGCUCCCCUCUGGCCGCCAGCGCCCAUCUUUCAUUCCCGAGAUAGGGAUAUUUUGCGCGCACACACAGACACACACGCGCAAAAAGGGGGGAAAAAGCCCACCCUCCAGCCUCGUUGCAAAGAGAAAGCCGGAGCAGCCGCAACUCGCAGCCCGUAGAGGACGCCCAGAGCGGCGAGCGGGCGGGCAGACGAACCGACCGACUCGCGCCGCGUCCACCUGUCUGCCGGGCCCGGUCCAGCGCGCAGCGGGCACGACGCGCGCGCGGAGCAGCCGUGCCCGCCGCCCGGGCCCCGCGCCAGGGCGCACACGCUCCGGCCCCCCCACCCGGCCCGGGCGGGAGUUUGCACCUCUCCCUGCCCGGGUACUCGAGCCGCCGCUGCAAAGCCAACUUUGGAAAAAGUUUUUUUGGGGAGACUUUGGCUUUGAGGUGCCCAGCUCUGCGCUUUCCGACUUCGGGGGCCUUUCCAGAAAAUGUUGCAAAAAACCUAAGCCGGCGGGCAGAGGAAAACGCCUUUAGCCGGCGAGCGAAGACGAACCAUCGACUGCCGUGUUCUUUUUCCUCUUCGAGGUUGGAGUCCCCUGGGCGCCCCCACACGGCUAGACGCCUCGGCUGGUUCGCGACGCAGCCCCCCGGCCGUGGAUGCUCGCUCGGGCUCGGGAUCCGCCCAGGUAGCGGCCUCGGACCCUGGUCCGACGCCCAGGUCCUCCCCAACCCCCCAACGACGGAGCCCGGCCUGGGGGCGGCGGCGCCCGGGGGCCAUGCGGGUGAGCCGCGGCGGCGGCUGCAGCGGCCUGAGCGCCUGAUCGCCGCAGACCCGAGCAGAGCCCACCUCCCUCCCCAGCCCCCGCCCCCCACCCUGGCCGCGGGGGCGGCGCGCUCGGUCCACGCGUCCGGGGCCCCGCGGGGCCGGGCCCGGAGUCGGCAUGAAUCGCUGCUGGGCGCUCUUCCUGUCUCUCUGCUGCUACCUGCGUCUGGUCAGCGCCGAGGGGGACCCCAUUCCCGAGGAGCUCUACGAGAUGCUGAGUGACCACUCCAUUCGUUCCUUCGAUGACCUCCAGCGUCUGCUGCACGGAGACUCCGGAGAUGAAGACGGGGCUGAACUGGACCUGAAUUUGACCCGGUCCCAUCCUGGAGGCGAGCUGGAUAGCUUAUCCCGCGGGAGAAGGAGCCUGGGUUCCCCGACAGUCGCUGAGCCAGCCGUGAUCGCCGAGUGCAAGACACGCACCGAGGUGUUUGAGAUCUCGCGGCGCCUCAUAGACCGCACCAACGCCAACUUCCUGGUGUGGCCGCCCUGCGUGGAGGUGCAGCGCUGCUCCGGCUGCUGCAACAACCGCAAUGUGCAGUGCCGCCCCACGCAGGUGCAGCUGCGGCCCGUUCAGGUAAGAAAGAUUGAGAUUGUACGGAAGAAGCCAACCUUUAAGAAGGCCACGGUGACCUUGGAGGACCACCUGGCGUGCAAGUGUGAGACGGUGGUGGCACGAACCGUGACCCGAAGUCCCGGGAGUUCCCAGGAGCAGCGAGCAGCCAGGACGCCCCAAACUCGGGUGACCAUUCGGACGGUGCGAGUCCGCCGGCCCCCCAAGGGGAAGCACCGGAAGUUCAAGCACAUGCAUGGCAAGAAGGCGCUGAAGGAGACCCUCGGAGCCUAGGGGCAUCUGCAGGAGAGUGCGGGCAGGGUUAUUUAAUAUGGUAUUUGCUGUAUUGCCCCCAUGGGGUCCUUGGAGUGAUAAUAUUGUUCCCCUCGUCCGUCUGUCUCGAUGCCUGAUUCGGACGGCCAAUGGUGCUUCCCCCACCCCUCCACGUGUCCGUCCACACUUCCACCAGUGGGUCUCCCCUCAGUGGCCUCCAGCAUCUUGCCCAGAAGCUCAAGAAGGAGAUGAAGGACCUGGACUCCAUCGCUGUCUUCCUCUCCUGACCUGGAGAAAAUGGGAUGAAAGUGCAAGAGAGACUGAUGGGGUCGCUGUUGGGGGAAAGGAGCUUCCUUCUCCAGCGCUGUGGACUGGCCUGAAACCCUGCACGUGGGCCUGAGGACCUCUCAGCAUGGCCUGCCUGGUCCCUGGACCCGCAGCCAGCUCUGACGGGAGCACCCCCAGGCAGGCCAGGGUACUCGUACUCCUGUGGCUGAGACCAUGUUGGGGAGCAUAGACUGGAGAAAACCCCCUCCUGCAAUGCCCAGGCCCGGUCAUCUCCCCUUGGUUACCUCUGCUCACAGUGGCUUCUUUUCAUUUUAUACGUUUGAAUUCUUUGAAGAUGCGGACUCUUCCAGGCAGGGGUGGCCAGAGCACCAGGCAGCCGAGUGCCCUCUCAGACGGGUUAGAGAUGAAGUUUGCUCCGGAGGUGGAUGGAGAUGGUGACCUGGGCAUGCAGUGCCUCCUUCCACUCCCCCUGUUCACUUUUUCAUCUGUUUCAUCUCUCUACCUCCACCCUGUGUCUCCUCCUGUCCUGACCCUUCAGUCUGCUCCACCAAGGGGCUCUUGGACCCCUUAUUGAGGCUGCAGAUAACUCCAGUCACUGCUCUGAAGGACAGAAGACCAGGGCCCAGGGCGGCAGGGGGCCUGCCUGUCAUAUCCCAGCCCAGCCAAGACUGCCAUGUAAGGUUGUACAGGGUGUGCACUGCACAAGGGCACUGCAUGCAGGGAGCACAGGUCACACACAACCGUAGACAUGGCCAAUUUGUAUAUUUAUUAUGACAAUUUUUUGGCAGAUGGAGGUAAAGUGUCUUGAGGAAAGGGAUCCUUUUCCUAAUUGACACAAAGGCUCUGUGUGGACUGGCUGUGCCUCUGACCCAGCCCGCAACUUGGAGCGGUCAGACAGGACUGAGCCCUUGGUGGGGGACAGGGGAGCAACACUUGUCCCUGUGGCCUCCAUUUACCCAAGUCCUCAGCUCAAGCAGUCUCCCCUUUAGGCGGGUGUGAAAAACCCGAGAAAGUCUCCAAGGGUAGGGGGUAGCCCUUGCUCCGCCCCUGCACACGCGCCUCUUCUUAGAUCUUUUUGAGUUCCAUCUCUGGUGGCUCCUCCCAGGAAACCAGCUAUUGGGCUGGGAGUGGGGGAGAAAAGGGAAAAGAUCCCCAGGGCCCCCUAGGGGUGGGGUCUGAGCUCCCACCUCCCUUUCCACCUUCUACUGCACUUUCCCCCCUCCCCCCAUCUCCCAAAUCUGCUUCCUUCAGUUUGUAAAGUCGGUGAUUAUAUUUUUGGGGGCUUUCCUUUUAUUUUUUAAAUGUAAAAUUUAUUUAUAUUCCGUAUUUAAAGUUGUAAAAAAAAAUAACCACAAAACAAAACCAAA